AUCUAAUCGGAAAGACAGUGAUAAUAAGAAUUUCGACAGUAUAUAUAAUGAUAUUCAGCAUGAUAAUUUAGUUAACAAGUCGACGGGACCGAAAACGAAAUGAAGGUUGCAAUUAUUUUGGUAGCUAUUUUGGCGGCAUGCAAUGCCUUCCCUCUUGAGGAGGAGGACAUGUCCAUCUUCUUCGAGCACGUGGACCAAAACGCCCGUAUCGUAGGCGGCAGCCAAGCCGGUAACGGUGCUCACCCACACAUGGUCGCCAUUACCAACGGUGCUAAUGUCAGGAACUUAGUUUGCGGCGGCUCCAUCCUCACCCGUAGGACAAUCCUCACCGCUGCCCACUGCAUCGUGCCCAUCCGCAGCGGCAACAAUGUUAACCCUAACGCUCGCGCCACCGUCGGCACUAACCGCUGGGCAUCUGGUGGUCAGAUGUACUCAUACCAGAGAUUCGUCAUGCACCCCAACUAUAACGCCAACACCAUCAAGAACGACAUCGGUGUGCUCCACACCUCAGCCAACAUCGUCUGGAACAACGCCGUCAGGGCUAUUACUGUUAACUACGACUUUAUCGGAGGUGGGAUGAACUCCAGAGUCGCUGGAUGGGGCAGAAUCAGGGCCGGUGGUGCUAUCUCUGCCAACCUGCUCCAACUGAACGUGCGAACCGUCGACGGCAACCAUUGCGUGCGUGAAGUCGCCCGUGUCGCCGCCAGCCUCAACAGGAGAGUACCUCCCGUCGACCCCAAUGUUGAACUCUGCACCUUCCACUCUCAGAACCACGGCACUUGCAAUGGUGACUCUGGCAGCGCUCUGGUCCGCAUUGACCGCAACCAGCAGAUCGGUGUUGUGUCUUGGGGUAUCCCGUGUGCCCUGGGCGCUCCUGACAUGUUUGUAAGGCUCAGCGCCUACAGAAAUUGGGUCCAGAGCAACACCAUCAACUAAACAACUCUCAAUUCUAACAUCAACUAAAAGUAUAUGUUCAAUAAACUAUUU